AUGCAAUUUCGUGGCUUAGAUAAAAAGGAACUAGAUUUAGUUUUAAUAGGUCAACUUAUGGCAUUUGAAUAUAAUCAAACAAAUGAAAACGCUAAUCAGAAAUUUAAUUAUCAAUUUAAUAAUGAUAUUAAACUCUGUAAAAAUGCAUAUCUUAAGUUAAUUGGGGUUGGAAAAGAUCAUCUUAUUCAAAUUAAUAAGAGUUUAAAAACAAAAGGAUUACAUGACAAUACAAAGCGAAUUCCUAAUACAAAAAACCGUACAAAAAUUGAUCAAACUGUAUCAACUUUGGUUUCUACAUUUAUUAGUAAUUAUGCUAAUAUUCACGGGUAUCUUUCUUCAGAUCGACAUUUACAAUAUGACGCACAAUCAAUAAUUUACUUGCCAACUAAUGAAGACUAUACUAAAGUAUAUAAUAAUUUUAUCGAAUAUCUUAAUAUUUUUCCUGAAAAACCAUUCGAUAAAAUUAAUUAUAAAAGUUUUGUUCGUAUUUGGAAAGAGUUAUUACCACAUAUUAAAAUUAUGACGCCUGGCACAGAUUUAUGUGAAACUUGUGAAAUUCUAAAGGCUGAAAUUCGAAAUGCAAAUUAUAAUGAGGAAAAAGAAUUAAUUCAAAAAAGGUUAGAUGAGCAUAAACAAAAAGCAACAAUCGAAUGA